AUGUCAUCAAUGUGCAUGAAGAUAUUGGCAGUCUUUCUCUGUUUACAGUGUAAGUUUAGUUUUACAGUAUAGCUAACUAGAAGGGAGGAGGAAGAGGAUGUCUAGAGCGUGAGCUAAAGCUAGAGUUAAAUCUAGAGCUAGAGCUAGAGCUAGAGCUAAGACUCCAACACGUAAGACGGGCUAAAACUAAGAUUAGAACUAAAGCUAUCUGAGUAUACCAUGCCUCAAAAAACCUCCUUCUUUGAUGAACAGUAUCUUAAAAAUGUUAUGACAUGAACUUUUAAAAACCUUUCUGUUUUGUGACUUAUGUACUGUAAUAUCGUAUCGCUGAAAAGAUGAAAAUCGAGGUUUUUAAAGUUAAGGAGAUUUAUGGCUUUAAAAUUUGAAUAAUCUCAAUUGACUUGCGUAAAUAAACUAUUUUUAUUAUUGGCUCAUCGCGGAUUGCUAUGAUGAAAUCAAAGCAAUUUUGAAAAUUAAAAAAAUUUUUGAAAUUUUCGCAAAAUUCUAGCUCUAGCCCUCGCCCAGACCUCUAACCCCAAGUUCUAGCUCAUGCCCUAGCCCGGAGCUUGAGUAAUAACUCCAGUCGUUUUAAAAGUUCAAGUUGUACUAAAUAUACGCUUUAAAACAACUUGUCAUGCCUUUCAGUUCAGCUUAAAAAUAAGCACGCUUUGGGUACUUUAGUUUCAAAAUUAUGAAUUCUUAGCAUUAGGUGCUAAUCUUGUUACAAUUUCCAAAUGUUACAAACGAAACGUAUAUAGGAUCAAUGUAUUACAGUAGAAAAACAUUAUUUUAAAGUGCAAAGUUGUAUUUUAAAAUUUUGAAAAAUAUUGUUUGGCUACUAAAAGAUUCUAAUCAGCGAUCUGCCGGACCGGUCUAACAAAACGCUGGGAUUAAGACAAACAAUGUAAGGCUAAAAUUAAGGCAAGGCUACAGCUAGGGUUGUUGGCUAGGAUUCUGAACUAGGGCCCUGGGCUAGGGCGCUGGGCUAGAACUCUGAGCUAGGAUUCUGAACUAGGGCUCUGGGCUGGAGCUCUGUUCUGGAGCCUUAAGAUAAAGCUCUGGGCUAGAGUGAAGCCAGAACUAUGGAAACUUACGGUAAGACUACAGUACAAUAUGUUACAAAACUAUAAGUACUUCCACAAUACAAAUAUAGCAUUAAAAAUGUAUAAUCAAAAAGUGCACGAUUAUUUACAAGUUAUUUCCUUAUGAAAAGGUUAAUAUUGACGUUGCCAGCUAAUUUCAUACUAUAUUGUUUGUUUUCGACGAACACUCAUAAUGAAAUGUUUUAUGCAUAACAGAUUAGGGUUGAGUAGCAGUUUUUUAAAAUUUAAAAUUAAAAAAAUUUUUUUUUAAUUUUAAGUUUUCUACCCUACCCUACCCUCUCCUGCCUUACCCUACCCAACCCUAGUAUACCCUGCCCUGCUCUAUUAAUAAAGUUUUAAAUUUCAAAAAAAAUUUUUUUUAAUUUUAAAAAAUUUUACAAAACCACCUACUAAACAUUCUUUUUUCAGUAGUAACAUCAGUCACCUACUACGACGUCUAUCGACGAAUGAGAUCGCACGAAAAAAAGAAUUCAGAUGAGUUGUCGCCAGAAUGGGAGAGGUAUAUCAAUCAGAUGAGUCUAAAACAACUUGAUGAAGCCAUUGCCCAACUGCGCCCUUACGCCGAGAAAUAUCGAAAAGCCAAGAGCUUGGACGACAAGCCUUCCAUAUCUCAAUAUUACCCAUGGAUCGUCCCUUUCUAA